AAUGGCUACACAACCUUUAUUAGAAACAUUGCCCAAAGAUUUCCAUAAAAUGCCACCAAAUUAUAAUUUCUCUCACAAAGGUAGUUUGCUAUGGUAUUCUUACAGGAAUUAACUGGAAAGAUUAUGAAAAAGAUUUUGUAUUGAGAACUGAUGCUGUUUGGGAAAAGGAUUAAUUGAAAGAUUGGUUUAGAUUAUAUACAAAAGUAUUCUCAAAAUCAUAAAUAGUGCUUCUAUUUUGAUACAACAGCUAACAAAUAUUCAUUAAUGGAACCUGAUGAUGUAUAUACAAUAUUAUUCGAAGGAUGUAAUAUAUUCAUCUUAAGUCUAAUAGGGGCAUUGGAAGAUUGUCUAUUUCCAUUUAGAGGUACAACACCAACUGGUAGAACAAAUUGCUUUUAAGUUGGAUUACCUCCCAAGUAAAAAGUCUAUGUUCCUUAUCCUACUUAUUAAUCAUAAUAAGAUUAUUUUACAUUAUGUGCACUUAGAUUUUAGAAAUGGUUUGAUUGUGAUUAAGCUGAACAUUUUAAAAUGGAUAAGACAGAAGCAGAUUAUUUGAAAAGAGCCAAAGUCUAUCCAUGCUAUGCAAUGUUUUACGAGGCUGCAUAUGCAUGCACAGUAAAUUAUAUUUUUUAUUAUAGGAUGAUAUGUUCGAUUUCUUAAUGGAAUUAGCUUAUACUAGAAGAUCAAAUAGAACUUUUGAAUAUAAUCACUUUUAACAUGAAAUGCGUAGACCACCAACAAUAUAUGAUUCUCCUAAAAAUGCAGAGAGAAUCAAAAAGACAUAUUGAU